CACUGUUUUGUCCCAAGAUACGGGACGCUUGGAGUGUCUCAGGUAGUGGAGGGUUUGUAUGCCCAUGGGGUCUGGAGGAGCAUGGGAUGGUUGUCUGUGAUUGCUGUCCAGAAGAGGAGAGUGAGGAUGCACCUGCAGCGGCCUGCUUACAGAACCCACCUGUUAGUUGAACCGCUGACCGACAUGUCCCGUCGCAGGGUUGACAUGCAGUGUGGUGACGCUUUAGCCUGGUUAGCCAGACCUACAUCAAGAUGUAAGCAGGACUCCUUUAUGAGUGAUGUCUCGCAGGUGUUACAGAUGGGCUCAGCCCUGCAAGCACAGGUGUGCAGAUUGGUGUCAGCUGUGACAAACGUCACUGAGCAGGAGAGACAGCUGACAUUACAGAUACUGCAAGAAGAUUGCAACAGGAUGAGAGGAUACCUCAACCAGACUGAAAACAUUCAAUGCUUAGGCUAGCUGCUUGAGGAGAGCGACCCCUUCUUGUUAAUCUGGGUGUUCCAGUCAGAGGAUUCACAGAUGGCAGAACUCAAUUCACCAGUGUUUACACCAGCUAAGCCAAAUAUGAAUAAGAAACGCAUGAUUGAGAAUGUGGAAUAUAAAUACAGAGAGUUCAUAACUGAGACUCUGCGCUGCCUCAUUGAACUUGAGAGAGAGCUCUUAAGAAGCUCAUUAACCACGGACAAAAACUCAGCUCAUCCUCUACUAAGAGUUUCAGAUGACCUACGAUCAGUAAUGAGAGUCAAAAACCGUUUGUCUGUCGCCGAGCAUCCUGACCGUUUCGACCAUUGGUCUCAGGUGGUCUCGUGUCAGAGAUUUUCUUCAGGAACCUAUUAUUGAGAACUGGAGGUGGAGGGUUUCUGGGAUUUAGCUGUGACUUACCACAACACUGCGAGAAAAGGCAAGGAGGAGACAGCAUUUGGCUGCAACAAGAUAUCCUGGAGUCUUGCACAACAACAUGACCAGAAACUGGCAGCCUGGCAUAACCAUAAGAAAAUCCCCCUCUCCACAAAAAUGUCUGGCAAACACCUGGCAGUAUCGCUGGACUGUGAUUCUGGCUCCAUCACUUUCUCCGAGGUGGGACCAUCAUCCACCCCGCUCCCCCUGCACAGGUUCAACACCACCUUUUCCCAACCCAUCUGCCUGGGCUUUGGCCUCUACAAACCCGAACUGAACAGCAGGAUCACCAUUCUUAAGAAAUAUGACUGCACUUAUUCGUUGGUAGAGACCGGAAAUGACUUUGCUAUUAAAAUUUAUUUUAGUGAACAGCCACAGUGACAAAAAGCAGAGGUGGACAGAAUUGAAGUAUGUUUUCCUCUGACAAAAAGCGACUUGUCACAUGGGCUUCACAUAAUCAUGGGUGCAAGUGUCAUAAUACAUAUUCUCAUGCAAGACAAACAGAGCUGACAGCCCUUGUAACCAUAACACUUUUUUA